CAAGACCUAGCCCAUAAGUACAUUGUUGACUGUUUAACACAAGAGCCCGUGCUAGCAAUAUUUGACCCAAAAUUGCCCACCGAACUGCACACAGACGCCAGCGCGAUUGGUUUUGGCGGUAUUCUUUUUCAAGAACAUGAUGGUAAGCGUAAAAGGGUAGUUGGGUAUUUCAGUAAAGCGACAAAUGGCGCAGAGUCUCGCUAUCACAGCUAUGAACUUGAAACGCUGGCGAUAGUGAAGGCUCUGCAGCAUUUUCGUCAUUAUUUAAUUGGAAUAGACUUCAAGAUUAUUACUGAUUGCAAUUCAAUUAAAAUGACUGAGCGAAAAAUAGAUCUUGUACCUCGUGUAGCUAGGUGGUGGGUCUAUUUUCAGGAUUUUCGUUAUACUUUAGAGUACAGAAAGGGAGCGUUAAUGCAACAUGCUGAUUUUCUAAGCCGAAAUCCGGCACAAGUCUCACACAUUCGUAAGCCUAAAAAUUGGGCUCAGAUCGCACAAACAGCAGAUUCUGAAACCCAGGACUUAAUAGAUAAGUUGCGAGACGGCCAGCUAGAUUCAUCCCGUUACUUAGUCAAAAAUAACAUUCUGUACUAUAAGUAUAGCUCAUCUGGCGAAGACUCUCGCCACCUUUGUUUCAUUCCCAAGGGCCAUAGAUUAAGCCUGUUACGGGUAUUCCAUGAUGACCAUGACCAUGUAGGGAUUGAUAAGACCACUGAUCUAAUUCUUCGUCAUUUCUGGUUCCCAGGAUUAAGACAAUUCGUUAAAAAAUACAUCACCCAUUGUAUAGUGUGCCUCUCACAUAAAAAAGUACCCCGAGCUAAUCAUCAGCCAAUCCAAUCAUGGACUAAACCUGAAUCCCCCUUUUCUAGUGUUCACCUUGACGUGCUAGGUCCCUUGGUUGAAUCUAAUGGCUUUAAGUAUAUCCUGAUCCUAGUAGAUUCUUUCUCAAAAUACUGCCUCUUAUACGCACUUUAUAGGCAGGAUACUGAUGAACUAAAAAGGGUGUUUACGAAUGCCAUAUCCCUAUUUGGAACUCCAUCUUUGAUCAUAUCUGAUCAGGGUAGGAUGUUCGAAAGUGCAGGUUUUCAAAAUUGGGUAACUGAAAUGGGGUGUGCUACUCAUUUUAUAACACCAGGGAUGCACCGCGAGAAUGGGCAGGUAGAGCGAUAUUGUCGGACGCUUUUAAAUAUGAUCCGAGUUGAAGUAAAUGUUAAGGGUAAUAAAUGGUCUAAUAUUUUGUGGAAAAUUCAAUUAACACUUAACAUCACUAAGCAGUCCACCACUCGAACUUCGCCGUUACUUCUUUUAACGGGCAUAGAAGGCGCCACUCCUGUACUCCGGUCACUUGUAAGAGAUGUGGCUUUAGAAGAUAGGCAUGCAAAUCGUGAGGCAAUAACUACACUCCGUAGACAGCGAGCUUCUGAAUUGCUUAAAGUUAACCAGCGACAGCAAGACCGCCGUCUAAAUGAACGUCGUAAAGAACCUCGAUCCUAUGCUGUUGGGGAUUUCGUGUUUGUUAGCAAGGCCUCCCAGGCUUCUGGCAAGCUUGACUCAGGCAUGAGGGGUCCAUACAGGAUUGUUCGUGACCUUCCCCAUGAUCGUUACGAAUUGGAGCUUAUGACAGGUUCCUAUGGAAAACGAACACAGGCAGCCGCCGAACAUAUGGUUCGAUGGCGUGGCGAAUGGACACCCGAUGCCUGUGCAGCCUUCUUUGAGAGUGUUGAUGACGAAGUAUCUGACGAUCAUCUGGGCAUGUCAGCGCACCAAGCAAUCAAGGAUGCCACUGACCAGGAUACUGCUGUCCAAGCGGUCAAAGAUACUGCUGUCCAAGCGGUCGAGGAUAUCGCUGGAUUCGCUGGCCAAGCGGUCGAAGAUAAUGCUGAUCAAGCGGUCGAGGACGCCGCUGACCGGUCAGGAGAGGCCGUGUUAUAAAUAAAUGCAGACUAGGGGCUGGACACGCCUCCAUCCGAUGACGUCAUCCCGAGCGACUUGUUUUCGAGUGACCGUUGAGGAGAGGGGGCCCUGACGACGCCUGGCAAAGCCCUUCACUUUUUUGCGACUUUCGAACGUGGUGGACGCUUUAGAACUAUUAGUUAGAUUGUGCAGUUGUUUGUUCUUACUUUGA